AUGAACAUCCACUCGGCAGCAGCGCAGGGCAACGUCGCCCGAGUCAACUACUGGCUCCAGAUGGGCCGUCCAGUGGACGAGAAGGACGAGCACGGCUUUACCCCGCUUCACUGGGCCGCCCGCAAGGGCCACCAGGAGGUCGUCACCCGCCUGGUGCAGCUUCGGGCAAACGCCAACGAGCGCAACUGCGCCUCGGACACCGCCCUGCACUACGCAGCCUCUGAGGGCCACUUUCUCAUUGCGCGGAUGUUGUGCGAGAGUGCGGGAGCCGACGUGAACGCCAAAAACCGGCAUGGCAACACGCCGCUGCACUACGCAUGCUUCUGGCGGCACCAGCAGGUGGCCGAGUACCUGGUCUCGCGGGGUGCCGGGCCGACAAUUCUUAACAUGGACGCCAAGUCCCCGCUCGAUCUUGCAUCGCCGGCGAUGGUGGGCACACUGUCGUCGAUGGGCGCGUCUGCUGGCACGUCGGCGACGCCGUCGUCGGUCUCGCCGGGCAUGGGCUCGCCUGCGGGCAUGUCGGGCAUGGGCUCUCCCAUGGGGAUCUCGCCGGGCACGCCUGUGUCACCGGCGCCGCCGCCGUCGGAUAUGGGUGGCGGAGACGCCGACGCUGACGCGGCCGACGCGGCGUCAGCGAUGCUGGACGACCUGCUGGGCGACUCAAACGUGGACCUGUCGGUGCUGGGGCUGACGUCGACGACGUCAUCGUCGUCGGGCGCGCCCGCCGCGCCGGUCAAGCACGACUGGGAGAUCGAAAUGGCGGACGUAGAGUUUGGGCGGUUCCUCGGCCGCGGUGCGUUCGGUGAGGUGUGGUACGGCGUGUGGCGUGGGACCGAGGUGGCCAUCAAAAAGCUGCUGGAGCAGAAGCUCUCGCCGCAGGCGCUGGAGGAGUUCCAAGGUGAGGUCGAGAUCAUGUCCAAGCUCCGGCACCCGAAUGUGACGCUGUUUAUGGGUGCGUGCCUCGAGGCGUCGUCGAUGUGCCUCCUCACCGAGUACCUCGACCGCGGCUCACUCUACUCGGUCCUCCACGACCCAUCGUGCGACAUGGACUGGGCGCUGCUGGUGCGGAUGGCAACCGACGCCGCCAAGGGCAUGGCCUACCUUCACGGCAACAAGCCGCCGAUCAUCCAUCGCGACCUCAAGUCACUCAACCUGCUGGUUGACACCAACUGGACUGUCAAGAUCACCGACUUUGGCCUCACCACCGCCAAGGAGGCAUCCGGCACCAUGACCCAGUGCGGCACACCGCAGUGGAUGGCGCCCGAGGUCCUCCGCAACGAGCCGUACGACUACAAGGCAGACAUCUACUCGUUUGCCAUUGUCUUGUGGGAGAUGGCCACCCGCCAGAUCCCGUAUGAAGGCAUGAACCCCAUGCAGGUCGGCAUGAAGGUCCUGCUCGAGGGCCUGCGGCCGGUCAUCCCGGGAUAUGUGCCUAAGCCGUUCGAGACCCUCAUCGUUGCGUGCUGGGACGCUGACCCUGCCGCUCGUCCCGACUUUAAGGACAUCCUCACCAACCUGCGCGCCAUCAAGGUCUAG